UGGCCCAAUUCUACCGGUCGAAUAGCUGCAGCGAUCCGGUUUAUUAACGAGCGAGAACAGCUGAGUGAAACGUCUUUCAACAAGUAGAGGGCCUGACUAUUAGGUCUACCUCACGUAAGAAACACCUACCUGGAGAUUCCACCAGAGAGAGACAGGACAUGAACACGAGAGAGUGAACCAACUUCGUUAUGGUCGCUGGAAAACGAAGAGACAUGUGACCUUCGUGAUUUCCUGUGUUUGGUCAGGAUGUGGUAGACUACCUAGUCAGACUUGACAGAGGAAGAUUGACAACAUCGACACAAGAUGGAGAGCACGUCCCUCUGCCUGAUGCUCUGUUUGACCUCCUCUGCAGCCACACUGAGCAUCACUCCCAACAGAUCUCAGUUCUUUCAGCAUGAGUACAUCUCUCUGAUGUGUGCACCACCGGCAGACUCCAGCGGCUGGACAGUGAGAAGAAACACCUCCUUUAGCAUGUCUGAACCAUGUGAUGAGGGAUGGGGGAUCCCAGGUGAGUCCUCCUGCACCAUAAAAUAUGCUGACCCAUCAGACAACGGAGUGUACUGGUGUGAGUCUGAGCAGGGGGAGUACAGCAACACCGUCAACAUCACAGUGACAGCUGGUGUUGUGAUCCUGGAGAGCCCUGCACUUCCUGUGACGGAGGGAGACAAAGUGACGCUUAACUGUUCCUACAAGGAAAAAGAGCAAAUUGAAUCUACGUCAGAUUUCCCUGCUACGUUCUACAGAAAUGGUGUUUUCAUCGGAAAUGAGCCUGCAGGGAUGAUGAUCCUCCCCGCGGUGUUCGAGUCUGACGAAGGCUUCUACAAGUGCGAACUCCCCACAAAAGGAGAAUCACUGCAGAGCUGGCUGUCUGUGAGAGCUCGGCCUCCAGGAGUCCCUGCCACACCUCCACCUCCUCCCCUUUCUCUUUCUAAACUAGCGUGUUCCAUCCUGUUGUUCAUCUUCUACACUGCCAUACUCAUAAUGUGCAUAUACAUGUACCGAAGGUAUGCAAGAGCUCGAGCUGCUGCUAAAACAAGAGCUUCUGAUCAUCUGGUGCUGGAAUGAAGAAGAGGAGCCACAAUAUGUGCUUGUCAACAUGACUGGGAAGGAUAUAUAUAUAUUUUAUCUUACUUUUAACAUCUUGUAUUUUAUUUUAUAUCAUAUCCUAACUAGUAUAACAUGAUGCUUAUGUGGUUUAUUUAAUAAUACUUGUACUGUACUGAACCACUGAAAAAGUAUUCUGGUUUUAUGUUUAAAAAGACAAAACAAUGACUAAUGUCAAAUUCUGAAUAAGGUUGUCCUGUAUACAUUAAAUUAUUUGCAUUUAUUAUUCAUGUAACAAUAUUUUUAUGUAAAAACUAAAAUAAAUAGACUUCUUUUUAUAGUUGU